CGGAUUUCCGAAUUGCUUUGAAAUUAUUUAGCUUUGUGUAUUAUCUGGUACGACUCACUCUCCGAUAAGGCAGGUCCCUGAGUUUACUGGGCUGAGGGAGGCCCCAGAUUUCAUAUUGUAUAAGCCAUAUUCAAGGACAUUUGACUUACAAUGCUUGAUGCCAUUCCAAAACGCUAUGUCCUGACAGCUGUGGCGCUAGCGGCUACAACUCUAUCUAUUACCUUACAAACCAAUCUCAGCCUAGCUAUUGUAUACAUGGUGGAGACUGUUUUCAAUGAGACCACUUCCAUAUCAACACCUAACGAAUGUAGUACUGUAAGACUAGUCAGCAUUAACUCAGAAAAGUAUACACGGGGAACUGCUACCAAAUUUGACUGGAACACUGAGAUUCAAGGUCUUACCAUAGCGCUGCAAUUUUUGGGCAUGGUAUGUGGCUAUAUACCAGGAGGACGUUUAGGAGAGUUACACGGAGUUAAACGGACUAUGAUCUGCACUAUGCUUCUAGCGUCCCUUUUCACCAUCCUAUCACCAAUAGCGGCUGAGCUUUCUGUGUAUUUAUUCAUGGUUGUAAGAUUUAUGGUCGGAAUAGGAUCGGCUCCUGUUUUUCCUCUCCUGGUAGUCAUGAUUUCUAAGUGGAUUCCGAACACAGAACAAAGUUUUAUUGCGUCUAUCAUGCUGGCUGGCUUCGGGACAGGCGCCUUCGUCUCUUAUCUAGUUUCGGGUGUACUGUGCUCAUCAGAAUUUCUUGGUGGAUGGCCAUCAGUUUUCUACUUAAGUGGAAUAGCUGGAAUUGCUUGGUGUGCGCUGUGCUUCUUCUGUGUGUUUGAAUCCCCUGAUGAUCAUCCCACCAUAUCAUUUAAUGAACUGGAAUAUAUAGGAAAGAAUAUUGGAUCACCUGUCAAAAAGAUGAAAACUAUUCCUUGGAAAUCGAUGAUAACAUCCAUCCCUGUAUGGACUAUUGCAGUGGGCACUUUUGGUCAAUACUGGCUUUUAGCCUUUUAUGUGACUUCGCAUUCGAUGUAUUUAGGCACAGUUUUAAAUUUAGACAGUGCUCAGAAUGGUUUACUGUCUUGUGUGCCAAAUUUGCUUCGUGCCCUGUUCGCAUGCCUUGUGGGUAGUAUCAUAGACUGGACAAGAAGAAGGAGAGAUAUACCGAUUGUGUAUGUCAGGAAAGGAGCAACUCUUGUCAAUUCCAUUGUGGCUUGUUUGGGGUUUACUGGAGUUAUUUUUGCUGGCUGUGAUGUUAUGCUUAAUACAAUUGCUUUUGUCCUUGGUGGUCUCUGUGGAGAUUUUGUAAUAUUUGGUGUGGUCUUGGUUCCGACAGAUAUUGCACCAAGCUUAGGAGGAACAUUAUCUGGAAUUCUAUGCUUUUUUGGCAAUACGCCCUUUUUUCUACUACCUUGGAUGAUUGGAAUGUUUACUAAAGAAGAACAAUCCUUAAGGCAAUGGAGAUACAUUUAUUACUGCACAAUUGGUGUAACAAUUGUGACGACUCUAAUCUACGUUAUUUUUGGAACUUCUGAUCCCCAGCCGUGGGCUACGGAGGAGGACGAAGACUCAUCAGUUCAAAAGGAAUCUCAAGAACAAAAUAAACAAACAUUAACUAAUUCGAACUCAAAAUGCAACAGCUUGGAAUAUCACAAUCAUGGAACAAAUCAUGACAAACAUAUUAAAAAUAUCAGUUCUGAGAAGAAUCAUAUAGUCUAAAAGUCAUGCUUGCUGUCAGUGGUACAUUAUAAUUAAAAUAUAUGUAAAUACGGAUAACAC